AUGUCUCUCAGCACCACGGAGCCUAUUACCGCAACAUCCACCGGGCCGAUCGCCAUCAGGACGCCAUUCGUGCAGCCACAAGACUGCAAGACCCAAUGGAAGACCACGACCGUGCCUGCAUCCGUGGUGAGCGGUACUACCAUUAUGACUCCCAUCUUGAUUUCUGAGCCGGCUGCAACUUGCUACCCCUCUAGAUGGGACGAAGUCACACCGGAAAGUCGCCUGAGCUUCAGCCCGGGGGUGUGUCCUGAAGGAUGGGUGUACAAUGCCAUGGCUGAGGACGGCUCUUCAGCGGCAUCAACGGCUUUCUGCUGUAACAGCGGCUUCUCAUAUUUGGGUUUCCCUGGGUACGCACUCGUUACGUCGCUAGUUCCUAAUCGAUGUGGGAAGUUCGCACGGAAUAUCGAAGAUGACGCCGAGGACUCAUCAGAUACAAACUUGGGGAAGAGCGUCAUGGUGCACCAGGGGUGGGCCAUAACCUGGGCUGCAUCUGACACUGCGACACUGACGCCGAAGCUGCCCACGCUGACCAGCUCCAUGAGGGUGCCGACGUGGACACCUGGUCAGGAGAUAAAAGGCGGUGCAUAUGACCCGUCCCACCCAAGCCCAAGUACCAGGGAGUACUUGAGCGACGGGUCAUAUGCGAAUAGGAAUCUGUAG